GGAGAGAGACUAAAUGAACCUAGGAAUAUAGGCGAGAGGAGAAACUACCUAAGAAGCAAGAAAAAAGAAAGAAAGAAAGAAAGAAAAGAGAUCCAAUCCAACAGAGAGUCUCUUUAUGGGGGCUCUCCUUCGUGCCACCCUCUUCCUCCUUCCCAUCCUCCUUGGGGCCAACGUCGUCGAGCCCACACUGUUUGGCAUACUCGGAAACCCGUUCCGGCGGCCUAGACUCGAUGAUCUCCUGAACCCAUUCCUGCCCCCGCCCGUUGAGGAUCCGCAACAUGGCGAGAACAAGGGCCCGAAGGCUGUCAAGAGGCCCGACUUCGAGACGCAGUACGCCGGCGCAUGGAAGCUCGUGAGGGAGAAUGCCGGGGUGUCGGCGAUGCACCUCGUCAUCAUGAAGAACAACAAGGCCAUCAUGUUCGACUUCACUGCGUUUGGGCCGUCGUCCAUCGCCCUGCCGCAAGGCAACUGCCGCGUGGAUCCCCAUAGCCCGACAAAAGCAUUGGACUGCUGGGCCCACGCCGUCGAAUUUGACAUCGACACCGCUGAGGUCCGGCCGCUUAAGGUCCUGACCGAUACAUGGUGUUCAUCUGGAGGUUUGGACGCUGAGGGGACUCUGGUGCAAACCGGAGGGUAUGACGAUGGGGGACGAGGCGUGAGAUACCUCGAACCUUGCGCCGGUUGCGACUUCAAGGAGUUCACCUAUGAUCUCUCCGCACAAAAAUGGUAUUCCACUCAACAGAUCCUUCCCGACGGCAGCUUCGUCGUCAUCGGCGGCCGCCGGGAGUUCAACUACGAGUACGUGCCCCCGGCAGGACAACCCAACACCAUCAAGGAAACGUACUACCUCCCCUUCCUCAAAGAGACGACCGACGUCAUAGAGAACAACCUCUACCCCUUCGUCCACCUCAACACCGACGGCAACCUCUUCAUCUUCGCCAACGACCGCGCCAUCCUCCUCGACCACAAGGCCAACAAGGUCAUCCGCGAGUACCCGAAGCUCCGGGGCGGCUCUCGCAACUACCCGGCCUCCGGCAUGUCCGUCCUCCUCCCCCUCGACCUCCGCCGCCCGGCGGUCGACCCGGAAGUCCUCAUCUGCGGCGGCUGCCCCAGAGACUCCUUCAACCUUUCCGCCGUCAAGAUCUUCGUCCCCGCCCUCCGCAGCUGCGCCCGCCUCGCCAUCAAUAAGCCCGACGCCGCCUGGCGCAUGGAGAAGAUGCCGAUGCCCCGUACCAUGGGCGACAUGCUGCUGCUGCCCAACGCCGAGGUGCUCAUCAUCAACGGCGCCGCCAAGGGCUCCGCAGGGUGGUGGCAGGCCAAGGACCCGGUGCUCACGCCGCUGCUCUACCGCCCGGAGCUCGCGCGGGCCAACCGGUUCCGCGCGCUGGCCCCCUCCACCAUCCCGCGCAUGUACCACUCCACCUCCGCGGUCCUGCCGGACGGGGACAUCCUCGUCGCCGGCAGCAACACCAACGACGGCUACAAGUUCAUCGGCGAGGAAUUCCCGACGGAGCUGAGGGUGGAGAAGUUCAGCCCGCCGUACCAGGACCCGGAGCUGAACAUCCACAGGCCCAGCAUCAACGCCGAGGUCCUGCCGGCGGAGGGGAUGCAGUACGGGCGGAGCUUCACCAUCGCCUUCGCCAUCAUCAUGACGGAGCUGGUGGAGAGGGACGACCUGAUGGUGACCAUGUACGCGCAGCCCCUCACGACGCACGGCUACUCCAUGAACCAGAGGCUGCUGAUCCUGGAAACGGAGGAGUUCGCCAUGAUCAAUAGCGUCGGGAGCUACAGUAUCACGGUGAGGGCGCCGCCGUCCGGGGAGUACGCGCCGCCGGGGUACUACCAGGUGCACGUGGUGCACCGGGGGGUGCCGAGCAAGGGAAUCUGGGUUAAACUCCACUAAACCAGGGCGCCGCGCCAUCAUCAUGCCUUACCAUUCCUUAAUUCUCCUCCUCUCUAACUGUGCUGUUACCGAGUGCUUGAUUUAAUAGACACAAUUAAGUAUCUUCUUUUCUUCCUCAA